AUGGCGUACUGGCAACCUUUUGUGAAGCAUCAUGUGGGUGAUCGCUGUGUUCUCACGGGAUUCCUGUUUGCCUUGCUUUCUUUGUUUUCUCAUGAUUUCCAAGUGGAUGCUGUUGUUUACCUGGUAGAUGCUUAUGACAGAGAGAGAUUUGCGGAGUCCAAGAAAGAAUUGGAUGCUCUCCUCUCUGAUGAAGCAUUAGCCAAUGUCCCCUUUCUUGUUUUGGGCAACAAGAUUGAUAUGCCAUAUGCUGCCUCAGAAGAUGAGUUGCGGUACCACCUGGGUCUUACCAACUUCACCACCGGCAAGGGUAAGGUGAACUUGGUAGACUCAGAUGUCCGUCCCCUCGAGGUGUUCAUGUGUAGCAUUGUCCGCAAAAUGGGCUAUGGAGAGGGUUUCAGGUGGCUUUCUCAGUAUAUCAAGUAG